AUGCUUCCAAGACUGAGGGCACGGGAUCUAUCUGAAGCUGGCCAGGUGGCGAAGCACAACUCACGAGAAAGCAUCUGGGUAAUCAUCGACGGCCGUGUUUACGACCUGACCAGGUACAUCGACAAGCAUCCUGGUGGGCAUCUGAUGAUCGAGAACAUGGCAGGGAAAGACUGCACAGAUGCCUUUGCAAACUACCAUACGGCGAGGGUGUACAAGCACAUGCUGCCGCCAAUGCUGAUUGGUGAGGCCACAGACGUGGAGGUGCCUCCGCACGUCCAGGACUUCCGGGCCAUUCGCCAAGAGCUGCUCCGUCGUGGCCUCUUCGAGACGGACAUGCGCUUCUAUGCCAAGAUGGCUGCGUGGCUUGUGUCCCUUUUCCUUCUGUCGCUGUACCUUUCCCUAGGCUGCGCUGCUACGACGGCACACAUGGUGGGUGCAGCGGUUAUGGGCCUGUUCUGGCAGCAACUGGCUGGAAUAGGCCACGACAUGGGCCACAGCGGUAUCACUCACAACUUCCACUUGGACCACUCAGUUUGCUCCACGCUCGUGUGCUUCAUGGGCAUCUCCGUGUGCUGGUGGAAGCGGAACCACAACACACACCACAUAGUCUGCAAUUCCAUCGAGCACGAUCCUGACAUUCAGCACAUGCCGGCGUUGGCUGUUACGCCAGAGAUCUUCAAGAAGCCGUUCUGGAGCACGUACUACAACGAGCUCAAAGCCAUGGACCGCAUCACCAAGUUCAUGGUCAGCUACGAGCAUCUCUUUUUCUACCCGAUCAUGAUGGUCGCAAGAUUCAACCUAUAUGCACAGUCUCUCAUCCAGCUCUUCGCGAAGGAGCCCUUGCACUAUAGAAAGACGGAGCUGUGCGCCUUUGCCAUCUACUUCACCUGGAUAGGAAGCCUCGUGCUGUCCUUGCCGACCUGGUCCGAGACGCUGGGAUGGCUCCUUGUGAGCCAUGCCAUGUCCGGCUUGCUGCACGUUCAGAUUUGCUGCUCGCACUUCUCAAUGGAAACGUACCACGGCCAUGCCUAUAAUGAUGCAGACGAUGAGUGGUACAUUACACAGCUUAAGACCACCAUGAACUUUGACACCCCACCAGCGCUGGACUGGGUGCACAUCGGCCUCCAGUUUCAGAUUGAGCAUCAUCUUUUUCCCCGUCUUCCUCGUCACAACCUCCGCGAAGCCCGGACGCUUGUGAAGGAGGUGUGCAAGAAGCACAACAUCCGCUACCACGAGCCAGGUUUCUUCCAGGCAAACCUGGAGACUCUGCAGUGCCUCUGGCGCACGGCGAAGGCCGCGCGCAGCGCGAAGCGCGGGGACAGCGGCUUCUACGAGAGCUGCCUGUGGGACGGCCUGACCUUGAACGGCUGA